GAGAUCAAAACAAAUCUGAAUUUCUUAAGAGUCAUUAGUUGACGCGAACGAGUCGCGAAAUUUUACUAAUUAUAUUUAAUAAUGAAGUACUUUAUUGUGUUAAUUUCAUCAAUAUUGGCUUGCAAUGCUGCACCAAGUUUAAUUAAUUAUCAACCAACAGUUUAUAGUUCUGUUCUUGCUGCACCCUCAGUAGUUCAUCUCGCAUCAGGGCCAGUGCUUACUCAAUAUCACUCGCAAGAUGGAUUAGGUUCAUAUAGUUAUGGUUAUGGGGGUGGACCAUCAGCAAAGUCUGAAGUGAAGACACUUGAUGGAGUCACACGUGGUAGUUACAGUUAUGUUGAUGCAAAUUCAAAAUUACAAACUGUUGAAUAUGUGUCUGAUGCCUUGGGUUUCCGUGUCGCCGCUACAAAUUUACCAACUCCACCAGUAGACAAUGGUGUAGCUCCGGUUGAUCUUGCAGAACCCCCAAAACCUGUUGAAGAUACUGUUGAAGUGAAACAAGCACGUGCUGAACAUUUGGCUGCUGUUGCAAAGGCUGAAAGUGAAAGUGUUGCUUCCAACGAUCUCCCAGAAGCUCCUAAACCAGUCGAAGAUACACCUGAAGUUCAGAAAGCCAAAGAAGAACAUUUGCAAGCAGUUGAAAUUGCCAAAGCUCGUUCUUCUGAAGCUGUUGUUGUUGAUUCACAACCAGAAAAUGUUGUUGUUGCCGCCGCUCAACCACAAAUAAUUCACGCUCCACUUGCCAUCCAACCUGCAGCAAUUCAUUUAGCGGCCAGUCCAAUUGCUGUUGUGAGAUCGCAUCCACCUUCAUUUGCCUAUUCAGUUUACGCUCCUGGUCAUCAAGUCAUUUUGGGAUAAAUUAAUGCUGUGAAAAAAUUCUACUACUGACGCUGCCAUUUUUCAAGUCGAAUAAUAUUGAACUCUCGUAAUAAAACAUCGAGAAUAAAAUUUCU